UUCCCGCCAAAACUAUAGUGAACCUUUUUUUUUCCCUCGGAGAGCUUUGUACGGUCCAAUCGCCACCCCAUGACCGGAGAAAUGGCGGUGAACGGGAAGAUUCAACAGAAAUUGACGACGCCGAUCGGUCUCGGUAUAGCACUGUCGAUUUAUUUCUCCGGUAUCGAUUUCCAUGUCGGUGACCCUCAAUUCCGAUUAGCCUCUGAGCUUGUUCGCUUCUUCUCUGCUCCUUCCGGUGAACAAUUCGUUUCUCAGGUGAAGGAGGUUGAUGGCAUGUUCUUAUUGCCACUGGACUUUCAGCAAUUCCGAAAACUUUGUGAGCUCCAAGAAUUUUAUACAAUUUUAGAGAGUAAAUCUAAAGAUGCUCUGUUGUGUAUGAGUGCUGCAUUACACAAGGUUUACUUUAUGAAAUUGGGGGAUGACAGUUUUGAUGAUUUUGUGAAGAUAAAUAUACGUCUCCACAACUAUCCUCAAUCAAUGAUUGCAUUGAAGAACCUAAAAGCUGCUUAUAUAGAUAGGCUUGUCUCUGUACGUGGUACAGUGGUAAAAGUUAGCACAGUUAAGCCUCUGGUGAUGCAAAUGUGUUUUGCAUGUACUAAGUGUGGAACCAGUAUUACUCGUGACUUUCCAGAUGGAAAAUUUUCACCUCCACCAGUAUGUGAAUUGCAUGGUUGUAAAUGUAGGACUUUUAAUCCCAUAAGGUCUACAGCUCGAAUUAUAGACUUUCAGAAAAUAAGAAUUCAGGAGCUGCUGAAAUCUGAACAUCAUGAAGAGGGACGGGUACCUCGAACUGUUGAAUGUGAACUAACUGAAGAUCUUGUGGAUGCAUGCAUCCCUGGGGAUAUUGUGACUGUCACUGGUAUUAUUAGGGUGAUUAACAAUUACAUGGAUAUUGGAGGAGGAAAGUCGAAAGGCAAGAAUCAAGGACUUUAUUAUUUGUACCUAGAAGUAGUAUCUAUUACAAACUCGAAGUCUCAGUCAACACCUGAGGGUUCACAAGAUAACCCUAAUGCUCGAGCUACAGACCUACUUGAUUUAUACUCAUUCUCUCCAAAGGAUUUGGAGUUUAUUGUUAAGUUUUCUGAAGAACACGGUUCUGAUGUCUUUCGACAAAUACUUCAAUCUGUUUGCCCCUCGAUCUACGGUCACGAGCUUGUUAAAGCGGGAAUUACAUUAGCUUUAUUUGGUGGUGUACGGAAGCAUUCCAUGGAUCAGAAUAAGGUUCCUGUGAGAGGAGAUAUCCACAUAAUAAUUGUCGGUGAUCCUGGAUUGGGUAAAAGUCAACUACUUCAAGCGGCAGCUUCCAUUUCUCCCCGUGGCAUAUAUAUUUGUGGUAAUGCAACAACUAAUGCUGGCCUUACUGUUGCUGUUGUCAAGGAUCCUUUGACCGGUGACUAUGCGUUUGAAGCAGGUGCUAUGGUUCUUGCAGAUAGUGGAUUAUGUUGCAUUGACGAGUUUGACAAAAUGUCUGCUGAACAUCAGGCCUUAUUGGAGGCUAUGGAACAACAGUGCGUCUCUGUUGCAAAGGCAGGACUUGUUGCAAGUUUGUCAGCGCGAACAUCUGUUUUAGCAGCAGCAAACCCUGUUGGUGGCCACUACAACCGUGCAAAAACUGUGAACGAGAACUUGAAGAUGAAUGGUGCUUUGCUUUCACGAUUUGAUUUGGUGUUCAUAUUACUUGAUAAACCUGAUGAGGUGCUGGACAAGCGACUCUCUGAACAUAUUAUGUCACUUCAUGCAAAGAGUGUAGAGCAGCCACCAGUCGCAAAACGGUUAUGUACAGCCUUGCUGGAUGUUGGAGAAAUUGACAUGAAUACAAAAAAGGGUUCUUUAGUUGCAAGGCUGAGACUUGACCCUAAGAAAGACAGUGGUUUUGUUCCAUUGCCUGCCCCUCUUCUGCGUAAAUACAUUGCUUAUGCAAGAACUUAUAUAUUUCCUAGGUUGUCAAAUGUGCUUCCUUUUAUGUUUGAAAGUUUUAGCUACUCUUUGAAACUUUUACUUAUCUUCUUGUCAUUUGGUGCAAGGAUGACAAAACCAGCAGCAGAAAUCUUGCAGAAGUUUUACUUGAAGUUGAGGGAUCAUAAUACGUCCGGUGAUGGUACACCAAUAACAGCAAGGCAAUUAGAGAGCUUGGUAAGGUUAGCAGGAGCUCGAGCUCGAGUAGAUCUAAGAGAAGAGAUAACUGAGCAAGAUGCUCUGGAUGUUGUGGAAAUAAUGAAAGAAUCAUUAUACGAUAAGUAUGUUGACGAACAUGGAUUUGUGGAUUUUGGACGAAGUGGGGGAAUGAGUCAGCAGAAAGAAGCAAAACGGUUUUUGAGUGCCUUGCAUAAGCAAUCAGAAUUGCAGCAAAAGGAUUGCUUUUCAAUUUCUGAAAUAUAUAGUCUGGCUGAUCGGAUUGCAUUAAUGGUUCCAGAUAUCGAUACAUUCGUGGAUAAUCUUAAUAGUGUUGGUUAUUUACUAAAGAAGGGUCCCAAAACAUAUCAGGUUCUAUCUUCAUCUUAUUCACAAACAUCAAGGUCAAGAGGAUAGUCGAGCAACUCUAAGGCCACAACUAAAUCAUGUAUCAUUCUGUUUAUUUUCGAGAAGAAGUGCCAUUUUGGCUUCUAAUAUGUUCCUUUCAUGUAAAUAGUUUUAACUACGUGACAUUUUAGGCUAUUCUGAAGAAAUCAAUACAAGUAUAUCGAGAGCAAA